GAGCUAACGAUCCGAGGAGCUCAUUCAGCUGCAGCCCCCAUAGAAACCAGGGUCCGGGCUCCGAGCGGCUUGUUCCCCACCCCCACCCCUCUCUGUGUACGGGGGAGACUCCUACUAAGUAGAUCCCGGGGCUGCUGGUGCCCAGUUCCGUGCACUAGAUCAUCGACCCGGAACGUGACGACAAUGGCGAGCCAUCUGGGACUGAUCCUGCUUUUCCAGAGAGCCUGCGCUCUGACAGCUUCAGUGGAGCGCCCCCUGGUGUCCCUGUCACACAAGGACUCCGGACCUGGCGGUACUGAGCUCACCUGCCUGGCCACUGGCUUCUUCCCCAGAGACAUCGUGUUGUCCUGGUGGAGAGACGGACAGGAGCUGCAGGAGGAUGUGGAGAGUGGGGGGGUGGUUCCCAAUGGAGACGGGAGCUUCCAGGUCAGGAAGAGUCUGAGAGUGAGAGCAGGAGAGGAGGACAAGUACCAGUACUCCUGCAGAGUGGAUCAUACCAGCCUGGAAGAGGAGAUCAUCAGGAUCUGGGAGCGGCCCGGCCGGUCUUCAGCCCUGAGCGCACUGGCCCUGCUGCCUCUGGCUCUGCUGGUCCCAGUCAUCGCACUGGGAGUCAUGCUGCUUCUCCAGCUGAUGAAGACAGUGCCGGAUUUCGCCACACCGGACGCCGGGCUCGGCUGA